AUGGUGGGAUUAAAAGCGUUUCCAUUGACUGUAAAUGGGAAGUGGCGUUGUUUUCUUAUUUUUUUCUCCUCUUCCUUUCCCCAUUCUUUCGUCCCUCUUUCUAUUUUCUCUUUCCCUUUUCUUUUCUUAAUCGAUUUUCAUCCGCCUAAUUUUCUUUUUUCUUCUAAAUCAGAAUCUUUUUCUUCUUUAGAAUCUUUUUAUUCUUCUGCAUCGUAUUUUUUCUUCACCAAAGUUCCUUCUUCUUCUUCUUCUUCUUCUUCUUCUUCUUCUUCUUCUUCUUCUUCAUCAGAAUCUUCUUUAGGAUCUUUUUCUACUUCCUUUUCAGAAUCUUCUUCUUCUUCUUUAAUCUUAUUUCUUCUUCUUCUUCUUCUUCUUCUUCUUCUUCUUCUUCUUCUUCUUCUUCUUCUUCGGAAUCUUCGGAAUCUUCUUUCUUUCUUCUUCUUCUUCUUCUUCUUCUUCUUCUUCGGAAUCUUCUUCUUCUUCUUCUUCGGAAUCUUAAACUUUUUCACAAUCUUCUUCUUCAUAAUCUUCUUCUUCUUCAAAUUCUUUAGAAACUUCUUCUUCAGAAUCUCCUUCUGUUUCUUCUUCUUCUUGUUCUACUUCUUCAGAAACGUCUUCUCCUUCAGAAUAUUCUUCUCCGGAAUCUUCUUAUUCUUCUAUUUCUUCUACAUCUUCUUCAGAAACUUCUUCUACUUCUUCAGAAGCUUCUUCUCUUUCAGAAUCUUCUUCUCCGGAAUGUUCUUAUUCUUCUACUUCUUCUACAUCUUCUUCAGAAACUUCUUCUUCAGAAACUUCUUCUUCAGAAUGUUCUUCUACUCCUUCAGCAGCAUCUUCUUCAGAAUCUUAUUCUUCUUCUACUUCUUUAACUUCUUCUUCCACUUCUUCAGAAACUUCUUCUUCAUAAUCUUCUUCUACUUCUUUUUCUAUUUCUUCACCAACUUCUUCACAAUCUUCUUCUUCUACUUCAACUUCUUCAGAAACUUCUUCUUCACAAUCUUUGCUCUUCAUAAUUUAAUUCUUCUUCUACUUCUUCAACUUCUUUUUCAACUUCUUCAGAAACAUCUUCUUCAAAAUCUUCUUCUACUUCUUCAGAAACUUCUUCUCCAGAAUAUUCUUCUUCAGAAUCUUCGUCUUCUUUUUCUUCGUUGGAAUAUUCUUCUUCAGAAUCUUCUUCUACUUCUUCUUCUUCAGAAUCUGUUUUCCUACGUCAGAAUCUUCUUCAGAAUUUUAUUUCUUUUUCUUUCCAUUAGAAUCAUUUUCUUCUUUAGAAUUGUCUUCUUCAAAAUCUUAUUUCUAUUCUUCUUCACAAUCUUGUCCUUUAAAAUCUUCUUCUUCUUCAUGAGAAUAUUCUUCAGAAUUUUCUUUUUUCUUUUCAUAAAAAUCUUUUUCUCUUCUUUUCUUCUUCAUCAGAACCGUCUUUUCAGAAUAUUCUUCUUCAUCAGAUGUUUUGCUUCUUCUUCAGAAUCUUCUUCAAAAUCUUAUAUUUUUCUUUUCAUCAAAAUCUUUUUUUUCUUUUUUUAG